AUGAAGACGGGCAUUCUCCGCUACGACAGGACCAGUACAGCUGACCCCUCCACCAAUGCAUGGGAUGUCGAUACCUCCGAAUCUGAUAAGGCCAUCAAUGAUCAACUGAAGCCCGCUUGGCAGUGGCAGGUCCAGCGCCCGGCGAAUGGUAAGGUAGGGGAGGUGUUCAACGUUGUUACCGAGGGUUCCGAUAACAAAUACGCCUUGUCGUUCUUUGCUUUCCAAGGGGAAGGCAACAACGAGGUGACGCCAUUCCAAACGACCUACGGCAACCCUACGUUCUUGAAUCUAGACAAUGUCUAUCUGGUCAUUGACCAUCCAAAGUUUGGGCCACACCCAAUCCAUCUUCACGGCCAUGACUUCGCCAUUGUACAACAAGACGACAACAAUUACUUUGACCCUGACAAUUUCCACCCUAAGCUCACCAACGUCAACUUCCCCCGCCGCGAUGUGGUACUGGUCUCGGCAGAGGGGCACGUUGUCAUUGCCUUCAAGGCUGAUAACCCCGGUGUGUGGUUGAUGCACUGUCAUAUUGCGGCACAUGCGUCUAGCGGUCUCUCAUUGCAGAUCUUGGAGCGUCAAAAGGCAGCAAACGGUAUUUGGCCUCCGGGAAACUCAGCUGCCCUUGAUGCAGCUCAUACGUUGUGUGCCAGUUGGAACAGUUGGGCAUAUGAUUGCAAGAACUUGUGGCUUGGAAACACGAAUCCCACAGGCAAGCCGGUCUAUCCUUCCUGUGACGACUCCACCAACAUUCAGAACGAUUCCGGGGUGUAA